ACGAAGAAUAAACCCUAAAAUUCACACUCCUCAAACCCUAAACCAUGGCUGAGGGACUCGUCUUGAAAGGCACAAUGUGCGCCCACACCGACAUGGUCACCGCCAUCGCCACCCCGAUCGACAACUCCGACACUAUCGUCACAUCCUCUCGCGACAAGUCCAUCAUCCUCUGGAAACUCAACAAGGACGACAAGUCCUACGGCGUAGCUCAGCGCCGCCUCACCGGCCACUCCCACUUCGUCGAGGACGUCGCUCUAUCCUCCGACGGACAGUUCGCCCUCUCCGGAAGCUGGGACGGUGAGCUUCGUCUCUGGGAUCUCGCCACCGGAGUCUCCACUCGACGUUUCGUGGGACACACGAAAGACGUUCUCUCCGUGGCUUUCUCCACUGAUAACCGUCAGAUUGUGUCGGCUUCUCGUGACGGUACGAUCAAGCUUUGGAACACGCUUGGAGAAUGCAAGUACACGAUCGGGUCCGAUCAAGGAGGUGAUGGACACAAGCAGUGGGUUAGCUGUGUUAGGUUUAGCCCUAACACUCUUGUCCCCACCAUUGUGUCUGCUUCUUGGGAUCAGACAGUGAAGGUGUGGAAUCUUCAGAACUGUAAGCUUAGGAACACUCUCGCUGGUCACUCUGGUUACCUGAACACUGUGGCUGUGUCGCCUGAUGGUUCGUUGUGUGCUAGUGGUGGGAAAGACGGUGCGAUCUUGCUUUGGGAUUUGGCUGAAGGGAAGAAGCUUUACUCUCUUGAGGCGGGAGCGAUUAUUCACUCUCUUUGCUUCAGUCCCAACAGGUACUGGUUGUGUGCAGCGACGGAGAAUAGUAUUAGGAUAUGGGAUCUUGAGAGCAAGAGUGUUGUUGAGGAUUUGAAGGUUGAUCUCAAGGCUGAGGCUGAGAUGUCUGAUGCAUCUGUUGGAACCGGUAACAAGACAAAGGUGAUCUAUUGCACAAGCUUGAAUUGGAGUGCUGAUGGAAGCACAUUGUUCAGUGGAUACACUGAUGGAGUCAUCAGAGUUUGGGGUCUUGGUCGUUUUUAGAGUGAAGAAAAAGACAUGACGAGAAUCAGUUCCCGAGAAAAAGUUUAUUUAAUCUCUCCAAUUUUUUCAUCGACUCAAAUGGUGUCUCUUCUGUUUUAGUGUUUUUGAGAUUUAUUUGGUUUUGUAUUUCCAGGACACCACUCAUAAGCAUGAGAUUAAUCCAUUGAUUCUAUUUUUCAUGUUUAA